UAGCCCUCAAAUUAAUCAAGUGUUUAAUUAAAUUCAUUUUCAUGGGAAACUUGGUUGAAAUGCGCAAAUAUUCGUUACAAAGUAGCCCCGGGGCAGUUGGCCAAUGAGAGCCCUCGUUUCAAAGAGUUGCCUUGUCGGCCGUUGUCGGCGUCCUCCGUCAAACUCAACCGUCACCUUCGACAAGCCUUCGAGCGCCAAAUUGCCGAAUUGCCGGUGUACCUCAAAAUGCGUAAACCACCACCAUCGGAAGAUCAGAAGCUUCUUCUUCUGUCUUAUAUGGAAAAAAAUUGUAAGUUUAGCCAGAGAGAGUUCUAUAGCUUAGAUGGAAAGACAACAUUCCAGGAUGAUUGGCUCAAACUCAAGAAAUCUUUAAAUGACUUACCGGGAGCUAACAAAAGCACUGCAGAAUGGCUGAAGUACUGGAGUGACCAACGUAUGGCUGUGAAACAGAGGGCUAGACAAGUAUAUGUGCAUCAAAAUCGAGGAACUGGAGGUGGCCCACCUACUGAAUUACUGACACCUUAUGACCAACGGCUUCUAGCCUGCAUUGGAGGGUGGAAACGUGUGCGCGGUGUUGCAUCUAUAAAGGACCCUCUGGAGAUAAAGCUUCCGAAAACAAAGACUGCCGGAUCUCAAUCUCAGACAGGCAGCAUAUCUCACUCUUCCCACCCUGGUAGACACAGCAGGUCUCACUCAACCUACUCUAGGAGACGUUCCAGAUCUCACUCUCGCCAAUCUAGAAGACGCAGCAGAUCCCGCUCUCCCAAUUCAAGAAGACACAGCAUGUCUCACUCAACCCACUCUAGAAGACGUAGCAGAUCACGCUCUCCCCAUUCAAGAAGAAGGAGCAGGUCUCACUCUCCCCACUCAAGAAGACGUAGCAGGUCCCACUCAACCCACUCUAGAAGCAGGUCUCACUCGACCUACUCUAGAAGAAGUAGCAGAUCACGCUCUCCCCAUUCAAGAAGAAGGAGCAGGUCUCACUCUCCCCACUCAAGAAGACGUAGCAGGUCCCACUCAACCCACUCUAGAAGCAGGUCUCACUCAACCUACUCUAGAAGAAGUAGCAGAUCACGCUCUCCCCAUUCAAGAAGAAGCAGCAGGUCUCACUCUCCCCACUCAACAAGACGCAGCAGGUCUCACUCAACCCACUCUAGAAGACGUAGCAGAUCCCGCUCAACCCAUUCUGGGGUCAGUUCUGAUUGGGAGCAAAUCCCACCUGAACUUUUGGUCGAAGUUGAUGUUGAUGAUGAUGGGUGGGAGGUAAUGCCUCCCCUCGCCGAUGUUGUGCAGCCAGGUACUAACAUAAGCUGUUUGUAACUGCACCUCAUAAUCUUGCUUCUUUUCUGAACUUUAUGUUGUGAAGUUUUCAGUGUGUGGAUGUGCAGAUUUUGCAGGAUGUUAGGGUGGCUAGGGGUGGGGAUUUUUGGCUUAAAUUCACAUUUUCGGCGUCCUAAUCAAAUUUAACUGUUUCCAAAUUCGUUCAAAAUGCACCAACUUUUAGGGAACCCCAAUGCAUCCAGUUUACUUGCAGGGUGUGCCACUGGUGGGCAAGUGCCCCGACGUGUCACAAUCUGCAGGUGAACUGGUUGUCCUUGCUUUUUUUAUCUCAUUCUUGUCGCAGUUAUGUUGUUAGUUGUUGACCGAGGGUGCAAAUACAUUUAAAAGACCUGCUCGCCAACCCACAGGGGGUGGGGGUUAGGGGGAGUGAAAAACUCCCUCGUAGCAGGCAGUUCAAGGGCCCUUGCUCCCGGGGUGGGGCCUGGGGGAAGCCAUGGACCUAAAAAAAUUCAUGGUGAUCUGUUACCCUAGCAGUGGCCCCCAGGCGCCUCACAUUAACGCCGCCCAGAGUUGAGGGAGAAGGGUAACCAUUUCAAUAGAUCAUAUAUACCCCUAGCCAAACAACAUACGUCUUCGGACACUUUAGUUUCUUUUUUUUUUCUUCCUGCGAAAUCUGUGCAUCCAUAAAAAUUAUAUUUUGAGUAAUGUUUGUGGGCUUUGUUGUAGUUGUUGCUUUCAUUUCAAAAGGUUCAUAUAACUUUAUUUGCAGUUCAUGUUGUGAAUUUAUUUAUGUUAGUUGCUCGCGUAUUGUAAAUACAGUGUUUUUUUGUUUUUUUCAAAUUUUAUUGUAGUUUCAGGAACUCUGUUGUUGUUCCCUCUUUGAGAUACAUUCUCACCAUAUUCCUUCGCUUUCAAUUACCAGUUUCAUGUUGUCACUAGUCUCACUAUAUAUUUACAUGUAUCUUCAUUAUUCUAUUACCUUCAGUUGUAUUUUGAGCUUCUGUUACUUUCUGUGAAGUUCAUGUUACAAAUUUAUUUAUGUUUUCAUGUGUAUUGCAAUUAGUGUUGCUUUUAUUUUUAUAUUUUUAGUAGUACUUUUUGGGAUACACACCUGUUUCCCACUUAAAUAUGUAUUCUCACUUCAUAUAUCCCUUUCACUUAAAUUUCUGGUUUGGCCCGACGAUUUGUUUUAUGUUUGCAUCAGUCCUCUGAUGA